AUGUUGGAUUACACAGCCCGCGCAGAUCUCGAGGACCGCGCGUCCGUCAUCGAGGGCCUCUCGGCCUCCAACGUGGCGCUGCGCGCGGAGGCCGCCGAGGCCGCCGGGCGCGCAGAGGCCGCGGCCGAGCGGGCCGCCGCCGCGGAGGGCGCCCUCGGGGUGCUGCGGGCCUCGCGCGACCAGGAACGGGCAGAGUUCGACGCCAUGGCGGAGAAGAUGACAGCAGAGGCGCAGAGGGCGGCCCACCUCGCGGAGGCGGCGCGCGGGCUCCAGGAGGAGACGCUCGCGGCCAGGCAGGAGGCGGCUGCCGCCGCGUGCAGGGCCGAGGCCGCGGAGCAGGCGACCGCGCAGCUGCAGGCGAAGGCCGCGGAGGCCGAGGGGCUCACCGCGGAAUGCGCGAGGCUCCGCGCGGAGGCGCCGGCCGCCCUCGGGCGGAGUCCCGCCGCAGCGAGGAGAAGGCUGCAGAGGCGGUCGCCCUGA